AUGAACGCGUACGAGCGGCACAAGAAGAUGGUGCACGACCUGGUCGCCUACUACGGAGGCCAGGCGCCGCAGGGCGGCCAGGCGGGCCCCGCAAAGACAGACUACGACCUGCUGCUGGAGAACUUCAGGUUCAUCCGCAGCGAGGCCGACGAUGCGGGCGACAGCUGGGAGGUGCGGCUGGCCAAGCGCUACUACAGCAAGCUGUUCAAGGAGUAUGCCAUAGCCGACCUGAGCCGGUACCGGGAGGGCAGGGUGGGGCUGCGCUGGAGGACGCAGCGAGAGGUGGUCAACGGGCGGGGCCAGUUUGUGUGCGGCGCACAGGGCUGCGAGGAGCGGCGCGGGCUGGCCUCGUUCGAGGUGCCCUUUGCGUACCAGGAGGCCGGGGAGCGGAAGCAGGCGCUGGUCAAGCUGCGGGUGUGCCCCACCCACGCCCACCAGCUCAACUACCGCAAGCAGCGCGAGGCGCAGCGCGCGCACCGGGAGCGGCGGCGCAAGGAGGUGCGGCGGCGGCGCGCCAAGGAGGAACGGCGGUGGAAGGGCAGGGGCAGCAGCAAGGAGGCCAAGCGCGGCAGGAAGCGGCGGCGCAGGCGCAGCAGGAGCAGCAGCAGUAGCAGGAGCAGCAGCGGCAGCGAAGGGUCCACUAGCAGCAGCUCCUCAUCUGCAAGCAGCAGCAGCAGCAGCAGCAGCGAGGACGAGGGCGAGGAGCAGCGCAGGGGCAGGAAGCGCAGGCGGCACGGCGAGGAGCGGCCGGCUGGCCGGCAGCAGCAGGGGACUGCCGGGGCGGCUGCCGCGGCGGGCCAGCCGGCGGAGAAUGAUUUUGAUGCGUUCAUGCAAGGCCUGUUUGAAUGA